GAAGCGUUGGAGUAGCCUAGCGUACGUGGUACUGGAGCUUCACCAAGCUGACUGAGCCACAACGCCACUGAGACAGAAGUUUACGCGCAUACAUACACACGCACGUAUAAAUACUGCACUCACUCGUACGUUCGUUCAUCAGUUAGUACGUGCACGAGAUUACUCCAAAAGGUUUUACGAUGAGCGCUAUAGUGUGAUGCCAGAAUGCAAUAUCAUGCAUCUUCAUGAUCGGCUUGUCUUGUGCGAGCGAACAGACCGUUCGGAUUUCAGUUGAUGUUUUCAGCACGUGUGUGCUGUAUGGACUCUCUAUUUCCUCAAAACACCGUGUAAGUGUUCAAUGAACGUGUUAUGAAUCAGAACUCCCUACCGGAUUUCUCAGAGGAGAAAACUGUACACUUAAAUGUUCAACGCAGCUGUAAUGCAGACCCUGCUGAGAUAGCAACCGUCUAAAGAUAGAACGACCAAUGGUUACGUGCUUUGAUGUAUGGCUUACGUCAUUGACACAAAAUCGAAGGACAAGAGUUGUCGCUGAGAGCCACUCGAGGACGAUAGCGUCCCUUUGUUUCUUCCCUCCAAAUCCAAGACCCGCUCUGUCACUGACGAGUGCGGGGACAAUUAUAGAACUUGGACGAGACGCAGAGGGUGAGCGAGUGAGUGGGUGACUCGAGUCCAGGGUGAGCGUGCGGCUGGUCAAAUCUUUCAAGUUCUCGAGCAAGCACCGCGCGUUUUGACACUCGACCACGUUUCUCGAAGCGGAUCAGUAUUAGCAGCUGUGUUCUUUUCUCUUCUAUUUUAAUGAGCUUUUUUUUUCCAACUAUCGCUUGGAUCUAUUGUGUAUGACUAGAAGCACUGUUACGGUCAAGUCAAGAACUCUAAUUUUGACUUUUUGACAUCUUAUUGCCCCUUUUUUAAAGAAAAGAAAAGAAAAGGCCGAGGUUGAGAGCAGAUUCUGUUGUCGUGAUCGUUAAGAACGUUUUUGCCAUCUCUUAUUACAUCAGUUGUGCCGUCUAGCAAGAUACUUUGAGUUGACAUCGUUGUUGGGUUUACUGUUUCACGUCAGUGCGAUUUAUUACGAAGCAGAGGUUCCUGAAAAGACUCUUCUACACAAAAUGCAGCUGAUAAUUGCAGUCAUAUCACGAAGAGUGCUUGUAUUCACAAACAUUAUUUAGCAAUGAACUGUAAGAAUUUUAAUCUAAAUGUCGUCGAAUUAGAACGAAAUUCCCCGAGAAAGCUUGUCAUCAGAACUCAUUGCUUUAUCAUGCCAGCGUUGAAACUUGCCUGCAUAAUAUCGCAGCACCAGAAAAAGACAAGCGCGUUGUGUUAAAGGUUUGCGUGAAGUAAUCAUUCGUCUGGUGGUUUAAUCCGUUAGACAUUCCUAAAUUUGCUAUAAAGAUUUCUUCUUAGACGUCAUCGUAAUGGCGUUGUCCAGGAAUGGGUCGUCUGCAGACCAUCUGGUCAUGAGGAACAACGUGAACGUGAUCGUGAACACUGUCGGCGCCGCCGGAGGCACGGCCCAGCCCGGCGGAUGUGACGCAGGAGCCGAGAUGACUCAGGCGGAAACAGCUGUCAUGAGCGCCAUCUUGGUUCUCGUCUUCCUCUCCAGUCUAGUGGCCAACGCCUUUGUGUUCGUCGUUUUCUGCAAGAGGAAGACGCUGUCAAUGUCCAACAGAUUCGUCGCGAACCUGACCGUCUGCAACUGUUUGAACACUCUGCUCGUUGUGCCGUUCGCUUUUUCGUCGCUUUUGACCAAGCAGUGGGUGUUUGGAGAGGUCUGGUGCGUCUGCACGGGUUUCUUGAUGAACGUGGUAGUCAGCGCGAGUAUUUUCACCCUGGCAGUCAUCUCGAUUGACAGAUACUUCGCUGUGGUUACGCCUCUCCACUACUCAAUGCGACUGACAUCAAGGCGAUGCUACGGCUUCAUCGUGUGUAUUUGGGUCCUGGCGAUAUUAAUCUCGGCCCCUCCAUUGUUGGGUUGGAACUCUAUGCAGUUCCAGUUACACAAGAUGGUGUGUACGGUCAAGUGGUCAAGUGUGUCCGGUUCUGACCGAUAUUACACAUUCUUCAUGAUCAGUUUCAGCUUCCUCCUGCCGUUAAUCGCUAUGUUGUGGACGUACGCCAGAAUAUUCAGAGCUGCUCGCGGAAACAUUGUCCGAGCACGUAGAAACAGCGUGAUUCGAGGGAGCUCGUCCGCGCCCUGUCAGUCAGACGAGAACGGACAGCAGCAAACCACGCCCAUCAACUCCCGGAGGCGGAGCAGCUCUGUGCCCAUCAUACGGCGCCUCAGCCAGUCUUCGAGCCGCUCGUCAUCUUUGCUGUGGAGGAAGGAAGAGUGGAAAGCCGCAGUGACAAGCUUCCUUGUCCUCUUCAGCUUCGCCGUGUGCUGGACGCCAUACUUCGUUGUGAUGGGCAUAGAGGCGGGGCUGGGCGAAGAGUCUCCCCUCUACCCCAUCGUGUCCCACAUUUCGACAGUCCUAGCUAUGUUCAGCUGCGCGUGCAACCCGCUCGUGUACGUUUUCCGCAGCAAGAUUGUUCGUCGUGAGCUCAAAGCCAUCGUCCAGGGUGGCCGAGGUGGGGGAGGGCAUGAACUCUGUAUCCCUCACGAACUUCCCCGGCGCGCUUCCGUUGUCAGGAACGAAAGUGGGCGGAGCUUGAGAAGUAUGGGGGAUCUUGAGGAAGACGUGGAGGCGGAGAGGACAGAGGAGGAAAAAUUGCAUUCUUUGGUGUGCAAGAAAUCUUUGGUCGCCCGGACCAAGGCUCAGGAAGCGGCCCUCCCGUGUUCGGACACCUGCUCCACGCUGUUGACUUGUAGCAGUUGUAACUCCAUGAAAGACUGACUCCAAAGUUUUUCAUUUUUCAAUUUUUAAGUGGAGAUGUCUUCUCCA